GUGCUGAAGCGGUUCGUCACGGAGCGGGACUUCCUGGCCUAUCCCAACAAGCACGUGAAGGGCGAUAGCGCCUCGACGAACAAGGAUGCCAUUGUGAAGAACAUGAAGAUGAUAUCGGCGAUCCUCAGUGAGGUUCACCCUUCGGCGUGCCUCGGGAAGCUGGCCACUAUCAUGGCGCUGACGACGAUCGCUGCAGAACAUCGCGACAGUUGGAAGCUCAACCCCAAAGCAAAAUCUGCUUGGGCUACCGAGUACAGCGGGCGCGUGCGGACGAUGUGCCAGCACGCGCACAAGGUCCUCGGCCGCGCGAAGGUGCCGAAGUGGUUCCAG